ACACAAAGAUGACGUACAUACAAGCACCACCGGGAAAGCUAUGCUAACCAAAUGAUAGCGAAGAAACAGACUGGAUUAUUUUGCUUCUAUGCGUCGCAUAUGAAUAAAUCUCUCUGGAUAUUGUGCUGAAGAUACAAUUGAACUGUUUUCUGUGCCAUUGACACAAGAGAAGCAAAAUGGCAUACAGGAGAAAUGACAGAAAUGUGUAUGAUGACCGCUUUAUAAAUGAAAGACCGGGUCCAUACCCUCGGGCAGCUGGUGCAGUGGAGAGAAGGGUCCCUUACAGACCAGAGGAAGAUUAUGGUCGCAGUGGUUAUGCUUCUGAAGGAGCUCCUCGCUUUUUUCCAAAUGGAGGUGGCCCACGCAAUUACCAUGGUGAAGACAGGGCCUACCAUGCAGACAAUGUUCAUUUUCCUGCAGAGCGCAGGACAGGGCCAGCUUCAAGACGGCAGGAAGAAUAUCCCUACCCUGCUCAGAGAGUUCCCAGAGAAGAUCCACAUCCUGGAAGGACUUUAGAAUUUAAUUCUCGUGCACCUCCUCAUACUGUAAGAAACCAGGGUAUCUACCCUGCAGCAAGAGCCCUUCCAGAAAGUGGAGAAGACACAUUGGUACAAGCCAUUCUCAACCUUGACCGCGGGAGGAAGGCUGCUCAGUUCUCUGCUUCCAUUAGAGAGCGCUCUCCAGUGCGUAGAGAGGUAGCCCGCUCCCCCCACAGUCGCUCCGGCUCCAGCGUCAGCAGCCGGGGAUACUCACCAGACCGAGCCAAGAACCUGCCAUUCCCAGCAGCACAAAGCAAAAACAAAAUUCCUGGGCUCUCAAGGGAAGGUUCACCACAUAGUGCAUCUCCAAGCAAGGAGGAGAGCCAUCUACCUGAAGCUGAACCAGAAGAGAAGGUGGCUGCUCCUGCCGUAAACCAAGAGGAGGUCCCGAAAUCUACAGAGAGCUUUCUCGAGCGACGAGCCAUGGCCAUAGCAACGAAAGCCCAGGAGAUUGAGAAGGUGUACCGGCAGGACUGUGAGACUUUUGGCAUGGUGGUAAAGCUGCUUGUCGCUAAAGACCCUAACCUAGAAAAACAACUACAGGUUCCUCUCAGAGAGAACCUGGGGGAGAUACGUGAGCGAUGUUUGGAGGACCUUAAACAGUUUAUUACGGAGUUGGAUGAGGUGACCCGACAGCCUGAGCCAGUCUGUGACUCUACCACUCCCACCACUACAGCCCUCACCAGCCAUAAGCUCAACAAGACUGGACUCAAUCACAGCUCUUCUUUUUAAGGAUCGAGAUGUUGUCACUACAAAUCAUAUGUUUGAUAAAGUUUCUACGAACAGUUUUGGUCUUCAUUUCAUUUUCUCCGUGGACAUAAUUUGUAAGGGAAAAUGGUUUGUUCUUUGCAUUUGGUCGUGACAUCUACCUUGCUGGAGAUUUGGGGGUGACUGAGUAUGUCGGCAAAUUGGGGGAAUACAAUUGAGUGUUUGUCUUUAUUUCUUUUAAUAAAAAAUAAAUCUUGUGUUUAUUUUUAUUAUAAAAAAAAUUCAUCCUCAUUUAGCUUCAGAAAUUGAAUUUUUUUUUUUUUCUCAUAGAAAAUGUAUGUAUUGAUUAUCAUUCAUUGAGGAGAUCUGAAAAUAUACAUAUAUAGAUGCAGUGUUUUGUGGAAAUAAACAGUAUUAGACUGUAGACUAAAAGUCUACACAUUCAAUACAACACUUCAAAUUCAGUAUGAAGUGAUCAGGUAAAUUGAUUUACUCAGCGCAAGAAGAAGGUCACACAUGUCAAGACGUUUUCAAGUUUGUUCUGUACAUUUUAUACAAUGGCUGUCAAUCAGCGAAGUUUAAACAAUUGAAAGACAUUUUUUUGGAAACUGAAAAUGUAUUCUUUCAUUUCGUUUUUGUUUUUUUUUUUGCUUGCUUGAAAGAAAAUCUAACCCAGGACCUGACUGUUUAAAUACUUUGUGUUUUUACAUAAAAACUUUAAAAGUAAAAUAAAACAAUUUAUGGAGGUUUUCUAUUUUGUUUACUUUCUUUGAAAGCACCUAGAUUUGCCACUAACAAUUGUUUUCAUAACUGAUUAAUCUGCUGAUUAUUUUAUCAGUUGUUUAAUUGGUUGAUUAAUUAGCUGUUUAGAUUAUGAAAAGCCCCCAAAUAUGAGAAAUCUGAGAUAUAUACAAGCAC